GUUGAUGAAGCGAAAAUGGAAUUACGUGGAGUCGUUUCAUACUUGCGUGAUCCGGACAAAUACAUGCAGCUUGGUGCUCGUCUUCCAAAAGGCGUUCUGUUGGUUGGUCCACCUGGAACAGGCAAAACAUUAUUGGCAAAAGCAGUUGCUGGUGAAGCCCAGGUUCCAUUCUUCCAAGCAUCUGGCUCCGAAUUCGAUGAACUAUUUGUUGGACAAGGUGCUCGUCGUGUAAGAGAUCUUUUCGCACGUGCGAAAGAAAAAGCGCCUUGCAUCAUCUUCAUCGAUGAGAUUGAUUCAGUGGGUUCGAAACGGGUCACCGAUGCGAUGCAUCCUCAUGCCAAUCAGACAGUCAAUCAGUUACUUGCCGAAAUGGAUGGUUUCAAUCCGAACGAAGGUGUGAUCGUCAUUGGAGCGACAAAUCGAGUGAGUGAUUUGGAUCCAGCCCUGCUACGACCUGGACGUUUUGACGUACAAGUUCAAGUCUCAUAUCCGGAUCUUGAAGGACGCAAGGAAAUCGUACAGUAA